CGCGCCUGCAUGCCCAGUCGGCGACCGAGGCAGACGACGACAACGGUGACUCGGCGGUGCAACCCCGUCGCCAAACGCACGCCAGGCUGCACAGCUGAAUAAUAGAGCGACGAUUUCACGGCCUGACCUCGACCCCCCUAGCGCUCGGCCCAGUCUAAUUCGCCCGCUCGCAGCUGCACGCCGAGUCAUGGCCUACACGUCGACGGCCCUUGUCGUCAAGGUGAACGCCAGCAACAAGAGCAUCAGUCGAAGGAGCAAACCCGGCAGCGGCUUGUUAUCGGCGAUGACGGGGUAGAUGCCCAGCAGCCGUCAUCAUUUACCCAAGCGUAUUCGCGAUCCUCGGGUCACGCUCGGGGGGGCUUCAUCUGAACGUCAGCCAAGGUGAGGCGAGCGCGAUGAGCAGCAGUAGCAGCGGCGGCAGUGCGUCCGCGGCAGGAUCGGCGACGGCCUACGACUUCGUCGGCCUGCCGGGCAGCAGCAGCGGCAGCGGCGGCGGCAACGGCAUAGCCAGCAGCGCGGCGGCGGCGGCCGCGGUCACCCAGCAGAACCAAGGCAUGGCCGGACUGCUGAUAAUGCUGGCGGUGCUGUGCUUCAUCUUCGCCUACUGCUGCUGGGGCGCGCCGUUUUGCCGAUCGCUUUGCCGACGUUACUGCUGUUGCUGCUGCUGUCGCGCUUUGCUCAGCGACGACGCCACCACCGCCACCGAUUCGGAAUCCGGAGGUUUCGUUUCCACCUCCAAUGUCAGGUCGACUUCCCAGGCUGCUGCCGGCAGACGCAAUCAUACCGCUGAUCCGUCGAUGCUCAGCACGCCCACGAUUAUUCUAUUGCCCCACGGUAGGAUGCUGGUUGUCGAUGGCACGAUUUUUACGCAGCUGCAGGCUGAUAGUACCGGCUUGGAUUUCGUGGAGCUGGGCGAGAGCGUGAUGCGAGCGCAGAGAAACCCGAGCGGCGUCAAUUGUCGUCAGCUGCAAGCGAGCCAAGCGAGCAUCAUCGAGAUGGACGCGGAAACGCCGAGCAAAGACAGCAUGGGCUCGAUCGGAUGCUUUCCACCGCCUACCUACGAAAGUAUUUACGGCAAGGAGGAAACCGGCGACAUGCCACCCUCCUACUCCGAUAUUUUGUUACACAGGCUCGCGAACCUGCCAUUCGAAAUAGAAGACUACAGCCGCGACAGUAAGGAGGAAGCAGUAGAGAACCGCAGUUUGGAGAAUUGCCCGCACAUAAUUAGCAACCCAUUCUCUCAUCAUCACCGCCGUGCAGCUGCCAGCAGCAACGAGCGCAAUUAUUCCAGCCUGCCACGUAACCCAUCAGUACAGUGUAAUCCUCUUGACGUUUACUUCGUCGACAACGAGCUCGCUGCUCUACCCUCGUCCACCGCUGCGAGGAAUCAACGGCGCCGCAGCAGUGCCACUGCGCUUACGACUCAUAAUAACGUCAGCACUGUGGUUGUCAGGACGCGGAGGACAUCGUGCGGAGAUGAUCCGCCAACAAAUUCGAGGACCAACGAUACUCAACUUAGUCGAUCGGACAACUUCAUAGAUAGCCGACUGAGCGGCUCAUGGGAUGAAAUCUCAAGAGCUGCUAACGACACAGCCAGCAGCAACGAGGCAGAACAACAGCACUCGUUUAGAGUGAAUCCAAUUUACGGAAGAUCUCGAAGAUCUAUAACAACGAGUCUCGAUGAUGAUGCUGUCCAAUUACAUCGGUAUCCUGAAACAAGAUACAUCUCCGCCGAAGAGCCACAAAGCGAUGACAAUGCCGGCAACGACGACGAAGCAAAUCAUUUUAAAGUUCUGGCCGAUAUACGCGAAAGUCGCGUUUAAAGAAGCGCAAUCUUAAGACUGUAUUAUAGAGUUAUGUAUGGUGCUAUAAAUGUGUUGAUCCUUCGAGUAUACCUGUCAUUCCAACUAAGCAAGCGUGAUGUGAGUAAGCAAGUCAGUGUAUAGCUUUUUCACUGUUAAUUAUGAUCGAAUCCGAUACACUCCAGUUGCGAAUGUGACUUGUUUUUAUGUAAAUCAUUUUUUAAAGUUUUGUUUACGAAUAUUACAGUGAGAAUGGCAUUUAGAAGUUAUUUUUUAGUAAUAUACUUUUAUUUUAUCAUAAAUAACAACAGAAUAAACCUUUUAGUCAGAUCCGUCCAAAGAUUUGCAAAAAUUUUUGGAAUGCUCAGUGGAUGGUCUAUUUUAGCCUUAUUUUUUUAACGAUAUCAAUAUUAGCUCUAAGCAUGGAAUUACUUGAGCGAUUUGACCGCAAACGAACAAAGCGUGAAUAUAACUUACUGCAAAAAAAAAUCUGUUCAAAACUUAUAUGUCUGUGUUAAAUUUCUAAUGAAUACGAAAAUAAUAUCUCGUAACUUCUGAAAGAACUCGAAAAAAAAAUCUGUGGCACAAACAUGUUGUAGAAUAAGUAUGUAAAUGAUACUACUAUUUAUGUAAUACAAAUAUAUCUUUAUGUGCACUAUUGAUGUAAGUGAUAUAACUGAGCAUGAAAAGUCAGUUGAUGUAAAAUGAAGAAAAAAAUUUUAAAAGCAGUUACAUUUUUUUUAAUUUUAUUUACAUAAUUUUUUUAAUUAAAAAAAUCUAUAUUUACAGCUUUUAUCGAUAUACUCUAAAAUAAUUAGUAGAAAUUGAUCUUCUAUUAUACCAAUGU